AAAAAUCACUAAAAGUAACAAAUCACUGUGCAGCCUGGAUUAAGAUGUAUCAGAUGUGGCACAAAUGUUGCAGCCCAAUCAUCUUUGGUUCCAUGUGGAUGAAAAUCACGUUAAAGCGCAAAUACCUGCCAACCUCACACCUGCCUCCGUCCUUGAGGCAGCGGGACCAGACAUUUCACAGAGUUCACCCAGUCUCCGGCAGUCUGGUCCAUUUGGGACUCCUCCUUCAUCAUCGACCCCCUCCUCCCCUGCACGCUCACACCUCCUCUCCUGCUCCACAGCCGCUGCUCCACUCGCUGCUCCCCGCACAGCCGCAGUCCACGGCGAUGCGCCGUAGAGCCGCUCCGCGCUCUUUUCUUCUUCUUCUCCUUCUUCUUCCAUCAUCUCCCCUCCCCGAGCUGCGUCUCUGUCCGCCGGCGCUGCACCGUCCUCAUCAGUAACAUGGAAAUACGAGGCUGCUGUUCUUCCAUCUAGACGGGAAGUGUCACCUCACAGACUCAAGACGGGGGGCACAAUGAGUGAAGAGCCACCGGUCACCCCCAGCUGGCUGACCCCUGACCCCACAGCAUGGGCCAGUGGAGGCGGGGGACCGAUGGACAACAGCACCAGCCUGGGGACGUUUCCGCCGGACGACUCCCUGCAGCCCAGCCAGCUGCCUCUGCUGGUCAACCCCUGGGACAUUGUGCUGUGCUCGUCGGGGACUCUGAUAGCCUGUGAGAAUGCCCUGGUGGUGCUGGUAAUCUGGCAGAACCCGGCGCUCAGAGCCCCCAUGUUUCUGCUGAUCGGCAGCCUGGCGCUGGCCGACCUCCUGGCUGGCCUGGGCCUUGUGCUUCACUUCACCUGUGCCUACUUGCUUCGCUCUGACUCAGCCCAGCUGCUGACCGUGGGCUUGGUGGUGGCCUCCUUCUCCGCGUCUGUCUUUAGCUUGCUGGCCAUCACCAUCGACCGCUACCUGUCACUGUACUACGCCCUCACCUACAACUCGGAGCGAACGGCGGCCUUCACCUACACCAUGCUGGUGCUGCUGUGGGGCCUCUCCCUGUGUCUCGGCCUGCUGCCGGUCACAGGGGUCAACUGCCUGGCAGAGGAGGCUACCUGUAGCGUGGUGCGGCCCCUGACAAAGAACAACAUCGCCGUGCUGUCCGUCUCCUUCCUGCUGCUCUUCGGCCUCAUGCUGCAACUCUACGUCCAGAUCUGCAAGAUCGUGAUGCGCCACGCUCACCAGAUCGCCCUCCAGCACCACUUCCUGGCUGCUACGCCCCACUACGUCACAACGCGGAAGGGCGUGUCGACACUGGCCAUCAUCCUGGGUACCUUCGCCGCCUGCUGGAUGCCAUUCACCGUCUACUCCCUCAUCGCCGACUACACCUACCCUCCGCUCUACACCUACGCCACGCUGGUGCCUGCCACCUACAACUCGGUCAUCAACCCGGUCAUCUACGCCUUCAGGAACCAGGAGAUCCAGAAGGCGCUGUGGCUGGUGUGCUGCGGCUGUGUUCCCGCCAGCGUGGCCCAGCGUGCACGGACCCCCAGUGACGUCUGACCUAGCAGACCCAGGUGGGAAGAGAGAGGCGACCUGGGUCAGCUGUGCUCCUCACUGGAUGUGUCCGGUGUGAAACAGAGCAGCAGCAGUGGAGGUCAGGGGAAGUGGCGGAGGGCUGUGGCUUCAGUCGUGGCUGGAGUUGUCCCCGGCAGAGGCAGUUUGGUUAGUUAUCCACAGCCCACAUGGAUGGAUGACGUUUUUUUCUUUGUUCCACUCACCACAGGGCACUGUCUUCCCCACUGAAGGCCACAAUGCGGGCUGCAUCCCGCCCCCCUCCCGUCCCGGCCCUGCCACGCCCUUCCUCGUUUCUGCAGAGCGCGCUGAGUGCAUCACAUGGAACAGGCAGCAGCUGUAUAUAGGAUGUGCACGCACACUUAUCAGCGCUGGAGCUUUGGUUGACACGUGCUUGUUUUCCUUCAAGUAACGGAGGAGUUAUUUGUUUGUGUGCCUGGGUGCGUGCGUGCGUAAAAGUACACGGGCGCAUUAAGCGUGUGCGCUGUGGAGAGGAGAGCGUUGGAGAAGGAGGGAGCGGCUGAAUACGCAGGCAUUUCCACAGCAAAGCCCGUCUGGAGCAGCAUCCCGGCGCUCUGCUGCUGCACUCUGAACGUGCGUCGAAAGCUAAACAGCCACGGAGAGCUAAAAAUAGAGCCGGUGCUCUCUGAUCCGAGCUCUGCGAACCCAACAGACGCCCAGAAAGAAAUCAAGCCGCUCCUUCUUCUCCUCGCCUCUCCCAUUUUCUCUUCUUCUUUUUUUUUUAAAAAAUAUACAAUCUAGGUUGUGUGCGAAUGUGUUUGAGACCAGCUCAAGAAAAAUCCCCCGAGAGCGCUCCAUUAACCCCCUCCUCAAUUUUUUAUUAGUAUGGAGGCACCAAACCGAAUAUAGGCCUAUCAGAUUAUGUAACCUUACUGUAGCUAUAUCCCUCUUUCACUUUCUGAAAGGUGAUUGCUUUUGACUUUAUGAAUGUGGAGAAUGCGGCAAGAUUUAUUUUUUUUUGAGAAAAUCUCUCAAAAUUGAAUGAUCUGAAAGAAUAACAGAUAUAAUAAAAGUAUCUCUAAAGAAAUCUUAUGGGAGACGUUAACUAGAAGUUAGUCCCGAAUAGCCAAAUAAUAGAAGUAAUCUGUGUCUGGAAAUUAUUAGAGCGGUUUUGGCUCCACACCAACCCCAUAAUAUCAGAUCUGCAUGCUAGACUCCACUCUAAUUUGCAUGCAACAAGCACAGAUCUCGUUUUUUUUCUCCCAGAGUUCAGUGUGUUAGGUCACCUAGGCCACUGCGGUGGAUGUGCCACGGUUUCCUAAUGUCAUCGUGACCCUAAUAGUUUUUUUUGUACUAUGUACCACAGUGUACCUCACAUGUAUUGCAUUUUAAGAGCUACAGUCAUCACUCAAAGGUCACAAAAGUGGCACUCUUUUUGGAAAAUGUGGAAUUUUUUGUAGUACUUUUGCAGUAUAGUGAAGAUAAGUUCCGAGGCGCUCUUAUAGCUUCGCUUCGAUUGUGCUCAAGUCACAUCAGCUGCUCUGAGUUAGUUGUCGAUGAUCUUUUUUGGUCUCCAAAAACAUGUAUGCUGAUUCCUUACUCCUUCAGACCAUGUCAGCAAUAACUAGCCUAUGAAUGGUAGUUAUUUUUUAGAUGUGAAGCAAUACUCAGACAGCAAUAACAUCCAUGUCCCACCGUGACUUCUUCCUGAUGAGUGAAGUACCACAAUGGCCACUCGGGUGGGGAUGUGUUGUAGAGAACAGGCUCAGUGAGCUACAAGUGAUGCUUCAGUGAUACAUCUUCAAAUAGGUGGUAGGAUAAUCACUCCUGGGCUGGAGAAAGAAAGAAAGAAAGAAGAAAAAAAAAGGACAAGAUCAAAUGACUCAUUCAUCAUGGUGACACCACUGCCUCAUCCCUCCUCAGUGUUUUUUCCGAACCCCAAAUCGAGCUUUUGGAUCAUUUGUCGCACCGGGAUGAAAUUGUGAACUGUUUUCUGUUGCCUCUGCCUUUUCUGUGAGCAUACGAACUGUCCUGAGUGUCGUAACCUCAAAUAUCAGUGCGUGAUUUGGGACUGUGUUUUUUCGUGCAUCUUGUAUGAGUUGCAUGGCCUCCGGGUGUGUGCAUGUGUGUGUCCGUGUGCGUGUUUGUGAUCCAGCAGCUCAGCAGACCAUAAUCUGUCUCCUUGUGUUGUCAGCAGAGGGGCAAUAAUACAGGUGUGAGGAAUAUCAAGUCCUGUUCGCCCCCCCUGACCUUAGAGGAUAAUGCUGCCAGUCUUCCUGUCGUUUCUGAGAAGUGGCCUCGUUCCAUGUCUGUAGAGCUUCUCGGAGGGAGGUAGGACUAGGAGGUGGGCGUGGGCGCUCCAGCACUUCAAGCCAAAGUGAAAGGAACUCUGAAUGAACUUAGAUCCUAGUCCUGCCGUGUGUUCUCUGUCUCCUCUAUCACUAAUAUUAUACUCUACUUAAAAAUCAGUCUAGUCUGGUUGAGGCAGGUGUCCGUUAAGUGACCUCUGAAUGAUCCUAUGAGCUAAAAAUGGCUACUUCCAAAUGUAAACACUGCUUCUUCGUUCCUUCCUUGCUGUCUCGCUGCUCAGUGAGUGCGACAGAGACAUUUGGAGAGCUUUGAGUUGUGCAAAAUGAGAAAAAAAUGGGAGACCAGCAAGGAAAGUUGAAGAGCAGCAUUUGUGAACAUUGGAAAGUAGCCCGUGUAUGUGAACUUGUGCACAGUGUCAGACUGAACCCUGUAGUUAUUCGAUGAGCACCAACAGGUCAGACUGGCACAUCACAAACCAUCACAAACUCUUAUUACUUUACCUUUGGAGAAAAGUCUAUUUUGUUAUAUUCAUUGAAAAGUUCUAUUUUUUUCCACUUUAGUCUGGCCUGAAUUCUUUCAGAUUCUGAUGUAUGAUAUAACCGCGCUGUAAAGCCUUUUUCUGAAUGUAGUAUUUAUCGAAUUGUUUAACUGAGAUCCCCUCCUCUCGACUUUGUUCGUUUCUGUAAAUAAGGCAUGCUGAAGAGGAGGGACUUUCUACCACCGUGCAUGGUGCUACCAAAGCCAGUCAAACUAGAGGAUGAGUCGGGGUGCACCAUUUUUUUGAAUGACAUUUCUCCACCUUGGCUGUUAAUGUAGACAUUGUUCCAUUAGACUUCACUUUCCUCGCUUCAAUAUGCACCAGUUUGUAAAGUCUGGUUAUUGGACGAUCGAGAAGAUUUGGCUCAACAGAUGGGGGAUGUUUGAGGGAAAAAAUGGUACAUGACUUUCUCUGAUUGGUGAAUGUGAAUCUCUUGUGCAGCCAACAGUAUUGUUGAGAUUUUUGUUGUUGAGCAGGUGUGAACAAGGGCUUUGUAUCCACGAAAAGAUAAAAGACUGUGAUGUUGGAUGUAAUACUUAUCUGUUGACACACCUGUUAAUCUACUGAAUGGUUUCGCAGUGUCACAAUACACAAGGUUGCCUACAAAGCAACUGGGUUUUUUUGGAGAAAAUGCUGCCAGCGACGGGCUGUUGGUUCAGCAAAAAGAGGAGAUUUCUGAUGGUUACUAAUAGAGCUAAAUAUCAAAACACUGAAGGGCCUGUGAAUGUGUGUGUGUUAUAGGGUGAGGGUUGAAGAAUGGGGGCGCGGGUGGGGGGUGACGCCACAGCAACAGCAUCUUGUGUAGACGUAUGCAUAGUUUUCAGUGUGAAAUGCACUUUAUUUUUUGGAUGAAAAUGGCACAACAAAUUAAGUAUCUUGCAAAAUGAAACGUAUAAAUGAUAAUCAACAUGCACUAACUUAACUGAGAUAUUGUAAAAACAUUUGUGUGACCGUGGUGUCUAUUUUUCCAAGGUGUUAGUCGUACUUUUUAUUGCUUUGGUUAGUUCACUCGAUUGAGAGAUCUUGUUAAUUUUGUAUUAAAAACAAACAUGUGCUGUGCAUAAAA